CAGGACACUGAGGGUUUUCAAGCACAUGAGCACAUGUACAGAUGCAUCGAACUGAAGAAAUACUAAAUGAGUUGGAAGUUUUUUUUAAAUACGUGGACACAGAACACAACGUUAAACCGUUUCUACGCUGUUGAACAUUUGUAUUUUUAAUGGUGGUUCAUCCUGCAACGUUUCUUCAUUUGUGCAACGACUGAACUUUGACCCAAAACGCUGCUUGCUUUUCAACUUUUCAACUAACUGCCAUUUACUUGAGCUGAAGCAGGUAAGAAUCACCACCUUCUAAAAUCAAGCUGCUUAAAUGAAAUAAAUAUAUCAACCCCUUCAUGCAUGAUAUUACUGCAGUGGACAGUUAUUCAGUCUUGAAUUAAAGCUACAUUAUUUGCAGUAAUGACUCCAACUCUUAAUUGUCAUCCCUUUGUGUUUUCUAAUAUUUUUUAGGCUCACUUAACUUAACGUGGCUGACACUCAUGAGUCUGGGAUAAUUAAAGUCCCAUUUUAUCCUGAUAUGUUGUUUAAUGAAUCCAAAAUAUGUGGUUAUGUAGAAAUUCUCUAAUAAGUUACACUUUAGUCCUUAUGGUUUUUGUCAUUUUGUGUCAGUGGCUGAAGUUUCCCAGAAUAUAAUCAGAUAUAUUGAAUUCAGAAAAUAAUUCAUGACAUUCACCACAGUGGACAGUUACAUUUUACACUGAAAUAAUAUGAUUUCUGAAAGUGGUGAUAUACUGUCUUUGCAGAAAGAGCUUUAUGGGUGCGUUUAUGCUUAAAAAAAUCAAUACCAUUAUAUGUUAAUCUGUUUAUGAAUGGAAUCCACUACAGUGAAAAGAAAUAAGAUACUGAAGAAAUCUGAUGUUUUAUGUCAAAAAAUACCACUAGUUUAUGAACCAUUCAUGCAUGAAAGGGUUAAUAUUCAAUCUGUGCAAUUGUAGAAAGUGAAAAGGGAUGUUCUGUAAAUGGAACAACUAGUCAUAUAUCAACAGCAGUAUUUAUGAGCGUCUUCAUAAACAGUUACACAAACCCAGGUUAGUUCACAUGUAAUUGAACUGAUGGUAUUUUCUGUUCUCUUUAAGGAUGCCUGUUGUCCCUUGUAUGUCUUUGCUGUUGCUUUGUAUUCUGGGUAUGACUUUGGUGACCACUGGCUUCCCUCAGACCCGACUGCCUCUCAGUGAUGAUUCGGAGGAACCAAAGCGAGAUGACUGGGACACCUUGUUUCCCUCCAUCUCUCUCCGUGACUGGAGCGUCCAGAUGUCGUCUCCUGGAUUCAGAGCCAACACCAAGACCGGAAUGAUGAGGGGGGCGUGGCUUUUUGCCCCAGAGAGGGCAGAGGCAAGUGUGGAGCGUUUGUGGUCACCUCCUGACGUGGGAAUGAUAAAGAGGAAUGUGGUGGCCGACGACGCCGCCUUCAGGGAGAAGAGUAGACUGCUCACAUCCAUGGAGAGACAGAAGUGGCUGAACUCCUACAUGCAGAAACUACUGGUGGUUAAUUCUUCCAGAUAAUUUGAUCCAAACUUCAAACCUGUCACCAACAUCUACACUGACGUGUCUCAGUCGGUUGUUUAAUGAGAAGAUCCUGGAGGCAUUAAAGUCAAAAGAGCUGCUGUAAUCCUCAAAAACCCUUCUCACUCCGUACACACUUACUCUGCUUCCACUGCAGCUUUUUGUCAUUCUAUUUUCUGGUAGCUAAUGUAUAUUUGUAAAAAUAUAGAUGUUUUCAAUAACAGCACCUGGUUUGUUUUUACUUUAACUUCAUCCUCAUUACUAUUCUAUACCCAUUGGCUCAGUUUUAAAAAGGAAGGAUUUGUUAACCCUUUAACCCCAGAGACAUUAUUCCAGGUAAACAUGCUGCUGUGCAUUUGUGUCUGUUUCAGUGUCAUAAAAGCUCC